AUGGUGGGCCCCGGCGUGGUGGGGGGCUGCGGCGGGGGGCUCUCGGCCCGUCUGGGCUGCUCCGUCAGCGAGCGGGACGUGGGCAGGGGAGAGACCUUCAGCGCCGAGUGGCUGGACCUGGAGCUCAGCACCCGGCCCGAGGAGCGGUGGUGCCGGCGGGAGGUGGACACGGCGCGCCGGGAGUCGCUGGAGCAGCGCGGGGCCGUGCAGGUGCUGCAGCAGCGCUCGCCCUGGGGGCUGCUCCGGGUGGGGGUCCUGGGGCAACCCCUGGCCCAGCACCUCCUGCCCUACGCCCGCACCUUCCCCGUGCCCCUCUUCGCCCCCCCAGACCUCCGCGGAGCCAAGGGGGGGCUCCCCCGGACCCUCUCCCGCUCCCUCUCCCACGAGGCCCAGCGGGGCUGAGCGGGGACAGGGGAC